AUGCCGGGAUCGCUACUGUUUGACGUCAACAAACUCGAUGUCGAGAAGAUAUGGGAGAGAAACCGCGGACCUUUGCGAGCGGUCAAUCGCUGCGUUCACAGCCUAUACGAAGAGCAAGCUAUAGCUCGACCGAACGCAUGCGCCAUUCACGCAUGGGACGGCAACAUGACCUACGAGCAAUUGAAUCAGCAUUCAACACGAUUGGCAAGCUAUCUUGUCACUCAAGGCAUUGGAACCGAGGUGAUGGUACCACUGUGCUUUGAGAAGUCGAUAUGGGCGAUCGUAGCUAUGUUAGCUGUUCUCAAGGCUGGUGCCGCGUUCGUGCCACUAGACCCAAUGCAUCCAAGAGCCCGCCACGAAGAGAUAUUCAAGCAGACCAAUGCGAAGUUGGUCCUUACUUCCGUACAGCACGCCGCUCCCUGGCCAAAUUCGGGUCUGCAGUUUCUGGCAAUCGACAAAACCUUUGUUGAUCAAUUGCCAUGGGAAACCAAGAUCCGGUCCAAAGUCAAGCCAAUAGAUGCUGUCUAUGUUAUGUUCACAUCUGGUAGUACUGGUGUUCCGAAAGGCGUUGUCUUGGAGCAUAGAGCAAUCGCAACAAGCUGCCUUGCCCAUGGAAUGGAAAUGAAACUUGGAUCUGAUAGCCGAGCACUCCAGUUCGCAGCUUAUACGUUCGAUAUUUGUAUCGCUGAGAUUUUUACGACUUUGAUAUUCGGCGGCUGUGUCUGUGUCCCUUCGGAAGACGAUCGACGUAACGCCUUAUCCGAAGUAAUCAACAACAAUAACAUCAACUGGGCUCAACUCACGCCGACUGUUGCUCGUCUACUAGAUCCCAGCACGGUCCCUUCUCUGAGAGUGCUCGUCCUUGGAGGAGAACGAGUGGAUGAGGCCGACUGGAAGAGAUGGGGUGACGAUAUCGUGAAGGUGAACGUUUACGGCCCGACGGAGUGUAGCAUUUGGUGCACUUCGUAUUCCAAUACCGACCGAGAUUUCCGAUCGGGAAGGAUAGGCACGUCAAUGGCUUCUUUUAGUUGGGUUACCGACCCGGAAGACCACAACAAGCUAGUGCCAUUUGGCACAAUUGGCGAACUUCUGAUAGAGGGACCAAUCCUGGCACGCGGGUACCUCAACGACAUUUCGAAAACUGAGGCUGUUUUCGUUGAUGGCCCUCUCUGGCUGAGGCAAGGCAACCGCAACGAUGAAUCCACUCGACGACAGGGAAGACUAUACAAGACUGGUGAUCUAGUCUACUAUGAUGCAGACGGUAAUCUGGUUUACGCGGGUCGUAAGGACAGCCAAACCAAGGUGAGGGGUCAAAGAAUUGAGUUGGGCGAGAUUGAACAUCAUCUCAACCAAUGCAUGUCAGGCAUCAAACAAGUUGCGGCUGAAGUCAUCCUCCCAUCAGGUGACCAAGCAAAAGCGAUGGUGGCAGCAUUCGUGCAGCUAAGCGAAGAGCCACGCCAUGCACUCGUCCAACAGACUUCUAACGGUGACUUGGAAGUGCGAGUCAUCUUCCCAACCUAUCUGGAUGAGUUGCUGGUUCAGUGUCUGCCAAAGGACAUGGUGCCUGAGGUGUACUUUGCCGUAGCGGAGCUUCCAUUGACAACAUCCGCUAAAGUGGACCGGCAGAAGCUGCGCAAGAUUGGCGCCUCCUUUUCUGCACAACAAUUGGCCCAGCUUCGAACGUAUAGCGAUGACCCAAAGCGACAACCAGAGACUGAGAAAGAGCAGAUCUUGCAUCAUCUCUGGGCACAGGUCCUAAGCAUUGACGCCAGUUCAAUUGGUAUGGAUGAUAGCUUCUUCGAUCUAGGCGGCGAUUCGAUAGCAGCUAUGAAGCUGGUGGGUGAAGCGCGCAGAUCAGGAAUAUACAUCACUGUGGCAGUCGUCUUCCAGAACCCCACGCUAGAUAAGUUGACCUCUGCAGCGAUCCCUUCAGUCGAUGUGUCUAAUACCACCAUUCCACCUGUUGGCCAUGACGGGUAUGUUGCACAAUCAUUCGCACAAGGUCGGAUGUGGUUCUUAGAAGAACUUCACCCUGGUCUUACCUGGUACCUCAUGCCGGUUGUUGUGCGUAUGAGAGGCCCGUUGGAGCUGACAGCGCUCCAAUCUGCGCUGAAUGCAAUUGAGAGCCGCCAUGAGACCCUCCGGACGACUUUUGAAACCAUUGGAGAUACAAGCAUGCAGCUGGUUCAUCCAUACCAUGCUAAGGAGCUGAGUAUCAUCGACAUAGACAUCAAAAGCCUCGAAGAAAUACUGCAUCGGGACCAGAUAACUCCCUUUGACCUGCGCAAGGAGGCCGGUUUGCGAGUGUCAAUCUAUCGCAUCGGCAGCGAAGAACACGUUCUGUCUGUCAUCAUGCACCACAUUAUUUCUGAUGGCUGGUCUACUGAUGUAUUUACGCGCGAGUUGGGCGCGUUCUAUUCAGCCUCAAUACGAGGCCACGACCCUCUUGUUCAAGUCCAACCUCUGCCUAUUCAGUAUCGAGACUUCUCUGUGUGGCAGAGGCAACAAUCCCAGAUCGACAAACACCGGAAUCAGCUCAAUUAUUGGUUCAAUCUGCUUAAUACCAGCAGACCCGCUGAGCUGCUUUGCGACAAAGCUCGACCAGCUGCUUUAUCUGGGGAAGCUUCCAAGCAGACGAUCCAAAUCGACGGCCCGCUAUACAUUCAGCUGCUGCAGUUCUGCAAAGCGAAAGGAGUCACAAAGUUCAUGGUGCUAUUUGCGGCUUUCAGAGCUACACACUUCCGCCUCACUGGCCAGAACGAUGCCACCAUUGGCACUGUGAACGCCAAUCGGGAUCGAUGGGAGCUGAAAGAUAUGAUCGGUUUCUUUGUCAACCUACAGUGCCUUCGGACUACGAUUGACGCGGACGAAUCGUUUGAAGAACUGGUUCAGCAAGUCUAUGAAGCAACAAUUGCUUCACUUGCUAACGCAGACGUCCCGUUUGAGAACAUUGUGUCCAAGCUCAAGAACAGCAGAGACUUGUCUCGUCAUCCCCUUGUACAGCUUGUCUUUGCUAUGCAUUCCCAGCGCAACUUGGGACAACUGAAACUUGAGGGCCUGGAAACAGAGAGCCUGGAUAAUGCACCGAAGUCAAGAUUUGAUCUUGAAUUCCACUUUUUCCAGCAAGAAGACAGCCUGAAGGGUGAAGUUGUCUAUUCCACCGACAUUUAUUCUCCAGAGGCGAUCGACAACAUGCUGUCGAUCUUCCAAAUCGUUCUCGAGGGGUGCCUCCAAGAGCCGAAAGCUGCGAUUGCGUCCUUGUCAUUGUUAUGCGACGUCGAAUUAUCGAAGCUCAAUAGCAUGGGUCUGAUCCAGGUUGAAAAGACGGAUUAUCCACGAGAGUCGAGUGUAGUCGAUCUGUUUCGCCAACAAACUUCCCUCUGUCCGUCCAGGAUUGCUGUGAAGGACGCAUCAGUAACCAUGACUUAUACUCAGCUGGACAAGGAAUCUGACAUUCUUGCUCAGUGGUUAGCCAAACAAUCGCUCGCUCCGGAGACACUGGUCAGCGUAUUAGCAGGGCGCAGCUGUCAGACUAUCGUCGCAUUUUUGGCUAUUCUGAAGGCGGGUCUAGCAUAUUUACCGUUCGAUGUCAGGGUUCCGGCCAAACGGAUGAGUACAAUUCUUGGCUCACUCUCAGGCCCCAAAUUUGUGCUUUUAGGCGAAGACGUACAGCCUCCUUACGUGGAAAUUAGUGACAUUAGAUUCGUACGCAUCACAGAAGCGUUAGACGAGCAAACUCACGAAGGGUCCGCCUCUCGGGAUAUUGUCAAGCCCACAGCCAAUAGCCUUGCCUAUGUUAUGUUUACGUCAGGGUCAACCGGUCAACCGAAGGGAGCCAUGAUUGAACACCGUGGUAUCGUGCGCCUAGUGAGGGACAAUAACUUUGUGCAGCAUUUGCCGGCUUCGCCAGUCAUGGCGCACAUGACGAAUCUGGCCUUUGAUGUCUCUACGUGGGAGAUAUAUGCUUCUCUACUGCAGGGCGGGACGCUAGUAUGCAUCGACAGACUGACAGUGUUGGAUCCAGAGGCUGUGCUACGAACUUUUCGUCAAGAGCAUGUCAGCACAGCCUUCAUGACACCAUCUCUCUUCAGGACUUACGUUCAGCAAUCGCCUGCACUGUUCGCUGGUCUCGAUAUGCUUUGCGUUGGGGGUGAAGCACUUCAAUCAAACGACAUCCUUUCUAUGAGAACACUUCGCACAGGCAAGAUCAUCAACGGCUAUGGGCCAACCGAAAACACAACGUUUAGCUCAACUUUUGUGCUUUCAAGGGAAGGGCAGUACCCGAACGGCGUGCCCAUUGGCCGUGCACUUAGCAACUCUGGCGCCUAUGUCAUGGAUUUGAAGCAGCAGCUUGUUCCGCUAGGGGUCGUUGGGGAGCUUGUAGUCACGGGUGACGGCCUGGCACGUGGAUACACCGACCUUGAGCGCAACAUAGACCGCUUCAUAACGAUACAAAUUGGGGGCGAGGUCGUGAAGGCUUACCGUACCGGUGACUACGUGCGAUAUCGUCCUGCAGACGGCCAGCUAGAAUAUUUCGGCCGCAUGGACGGACAGGUCAAAAUUCGGGGACAUCGCAUCGAGUUGGGUGAGAUUGAGCACGUUCUCCGUAGCCACGGGUCUGUAAGAGAGGCUGUAGCUGUGGUGCAGCAGCAGCAAAAUGCAGAUGAGGCUGCUCGACUAGCCGCUUUUGUCACAGUCUACGAGGGUUACGAAUUGGUUGAGGAAAAACCAAGUGGUAUCGACGAAUCGGAGCAUGUCGAUGUAUGGGAAAACCAGUUUGAUUCCAAAGUCUAUACGCCAAUCUCCAAAGUGCUUCCUGAGGCCAUCGGGCGAGACUUCAUCGGAUGGACAUCUAUGUACGAUGGCAGCGCGAUCGACAAAGUGGAGAUGAACGAGUGGCUAGACGACACGAUCGAUACGAUGCUCAACGGUCAUCCACCUGGCAAGGUCCUCGAGGUAGGCACAGGUACCGGUAUGGUUCUUUUCAACCUGGGAGAUGGUUUAGAAAGCUAUGUCGGGUUGGAUCCAUCUUCAAGAGCUGUGGAAUUCGUCAAAGACACAGUCAGAUCAGUACCCACGUUGGCAGACAAGGUCAGAGUCUACAAGGCCACAGCGACAGAGAUCGAUCGACUAGAGCCUAUCGAUGCAAGUCUUGUCGUCAUCAACUCAGUCAUUCAGUACUUCCCAAGCCUUGAGUACCUUUUCAAAACCACACAACAACUACUGGGACUAGAGAGCGUCUCUACCAUCUUCUUUGGCGAUGUGCGGUCUUAUGCGCUACACCGAGAAUUUCUUGCAACUCGAGCCAUGUUCAUGGCUGGCGACAGUGCGGACAGGGCUGAAGUCAGUCGUAUGAUAACUGACAUGGAGCUGGUCGAAAAGGAGCUCCUGGUAGAUCCAGCCUUUUUCACUGCUCUGCCUGAGCGCCUGCCAGACCAAGUAGAGCAUGUCGAGAUUUUGCCAAAGAAGAUGAAGGCAACAAAUGAGCUAAGUUGCUAUCGUUACGCCGCGGUUAUCCAUGUUAAGCCGCGAGAUGGGCGAAAGCAAGAGCAGAAGAUUCGACACGUGGGGCACGAUGAAUGGAUCGACUUCAGGGAGCACAAGCUAGAUCGCCAAUCUCUCUUGGCACAGUUGCAAAGCAAUUCCAGCCCAUCCACCAUGGCCGUGAGCAACAUUCCAUAUAGUAAGACGAUCGUGAGUCGGUGUCUGAUCGAAUCGAUAGACAACGCAGUGGCAGAGUUGUCUGAUCCUCAAGACUGGUACUCAUCCGUGUGUCAGCGGGCACAGUGCUCUUCAUCCAUGUCUGCUACUGACCUAUAUGAGUUGGCGAGGGAAGCCAACUGCCGCGUUGAAGUUAGUUGGAGCAGGCAGCACUCACAGUGCGGUGGUAUUGACGCUAUAUUCCAUCGAUACCCACCGCGUGGGGGAGAGAACAGGGUGAUGUUUCAAUUUCCCACCGACCACGCAGAGCGACCCCUACACACUCUGAGUAGCAUGCCGUUACGGCAACAAACCCUACAGAGAAUCCAAGGACAACUCCAGGAGAUGCUUGAAGCUCAGCUGCCUGCCUAUAUGGUUCCCCAGACAGUUACAUUCCUCGAAACCAUGCCAACCAACCAGAACGGCAAGAUAGACCGGGAUGCCCUCACACAGCGAACCGAGAUCCAGGUUGCAAAAGGCCAGGAGUUCCAAAGAGAGCUCACUAGGGCAGAAUCAAAGAUCCAGCAGUUAAUCGCGCGCGUACUUCGCAUCGAUUCGGACCGCAUUGGUCUAGAUGAUAGCUUCUUUCAGCUAGGUGGAGACUCAAUCGCGGCGAUGAAGCUGGUUGCUUUAGCUCGAGACGAAGACAUCCGACUCACCGUGGCAAAAAUCUUCCAAUAUCCCAAACUUAUCCAGUUGGCUGCCGUAGCGCAAGAGCAUGUUUACGUUCCCAAUGACAACAUCGUCCCAUUUUCUCUCCUGGACGACGGGGUUGAUGCAACGCAGACACACCACGAGGUGGCAGUCAAGUGCGCCAUCGAUAGGGGUAUCGUCGAGGAUAUCUACCCAUGCUCGCCGCUUCAGGAAGGCUUGAUGUCGCUGACUGUGAAGCGGCCGGGGGAUUACAUCAUGCAGACCGUGCUGGAGUUGCGGGAGGAAGUAGAUGAGACAGCCUUUAAGAUUGCAUGGGAGAAGACGGUUCAGUCUUUCCAAAUCCUGCGAACAAGAAUUGUCAUACAUGAGACCCUUGGCCUUUUGCAGGCUGUCAUAGCGGAAAAGAUAAAGUGGGCAGAUGCAGACGACCUCGCUACUUAUCUAGCUCGAGACAAGCUGUCAUCUAUGCAACUUGGCAAGCCGCUUGCACGCUACGGUCUUGUUCGGGACACUCGCAGAGAAAAGAAGUGGUUCGUAUGGACAAUUCACCACGCCAUAUACGAUGGUUGGGCGCUCAAUCAUAUCUUGAGUGCUGUGCAAACAGCAUACAAUGGCACGGAACCGGGAAAGCAGCUUGGUUUCAACAGUUUCAUCAAGUAUCUCCGUCAGAUGGACGAAGACGCUCUCGCAGAAUACUGGCGAACCACACUGAGCGACUGCGACGCGAAUGUCUUUCCACCACUAGUGUCUGGGGUGCAGCAGCCAGUUGCGGAUGCAACAGCGGAGUAUUGUUGCCCACCACUUCCCAAGAGAACCUCGAAUACUACUAUCUCGACACUUGUUCGUGCUGCAUGGGCAAUCGUUGCUAGCGGCUACACCAGCUCAGACGACGUUGUGUUUGGGGCGACAGUUACUGGUCGAAACGCACCAGUGGCUGGCAUCGAGUCCUUGGUGGGUCCUGUUAUUGCAACAGUGCCUGUUCGCAUACGGUUGCAGAGAGACUCGACUAUACUAGAAUUUCUUGAAACAGUACAGAAACAGGCAACUGAGAUGAUUCCCUUCGAGCAAACGGGCCUACAACGAAUCGCCAAGCUUGGGCCAGACACCGAGCAUGCGUGCAAUUUUCAGACGCUGCUGAUAGUACAGCCUGCAGAGGACGCCUUCCAAUCAGACGAUAUGUUUGGGACGUGGGAAUUCGGCUCGGGUCUGCAGGACUUCACGACGUAUGGGUUGAUGGUGCAGUGCAAGCUGGCUAAAGAGGGUGUCAAAAUCACGGCCAGUUUUGAUGCGCGUUUGGUCGAACAGUGGCAAGUUGAGAGAAUACUAGGCCAGCUAAGCUUCGUCAUGCAGCAGCUAGCGCGAGGAGAUUCAAGAACAAGAGUCAUGGAUAUUGGAAUGCUUACGCAAAAUGAUGAACAGCAGCUCUGGAUGUGGAACCAGAGGCUACCACCAGCUAUCAAUCGCUGUGUCCACGAUCUUUACUCGGACAACGCGAAAUCACAGCCUGAAGCGGAUGCAAUCUGUGCUUGGGAUGGUGUGAUGACGUAUAAAGAGCUUGACGAACGAUCAUCGCGGCUAGCGACCUAUUUGGUCGACAUCGGUGUCAAACCAGAAACCAUAGUGCCAUUAUGUUUCGAAAAGUCAAUGUGGAUGGUCGUAGCCAUGCUGGCUGUGCUAAAAGCAGGGGGUGCCUUUGCGCCCUUAGACCCGAGCCAUCCGGUAUCUCGACAUCGAGAGAUCUUCACGCAAACUAAGGCCAACAUGAUGCUCACAUCAUCUCAGUACGCCAAUCUCUGGUCUGAACAUAUCCCCACUGUCGUGGAAAUUACCGGGCACUUUAUUGACCAGUUGACGACAAAGCCUUACAGCACUGGGACAGCAGUGCAGCCAGGCAAUACAGCGUAUGUCAUCUUUACCUCUGGUAGCACUGGAGUACCUAAGGGUGUUCAAAUGGAACAUAAGGCCGUUUCCACGAGUUGCUCAUGUCAAGGACCAGCGUUAGGUAUCACGGAGGAUACACGGGUUCUUCAAUUCGCUGCCUACACCUUUGAUGCCUGCAUCUUAGAGAUCAUCACAGCUCUCCUACAUGGCGCAUGUAUAUGCAUCCCUUCUGAGACGCAGCGCCGCGACGAUCUCGUCAACACAAUCAAUGCGAUGAAGGUGACCUGGGCGCUGUUAACACCAGCCGUGGCGAGGAUUUUAGACCCACAGAAGAUAGUAUCGUUGAAAACAUUGGUUCUUGGCGGCGAGAAGGUCAACGCUUCAGACUGCGAUAUUUGGAGCGGCCGCGUACGACUGAUCAACGCCUACGGGCCCACUGAAUGUUGCGUCUCCUGUGUCGCAAGUCCUGAUAUGAAGGGUCUCGAUCCGGAACCCAUUGGGAAGCCGAUUGCACUAGCACCGCUAGGCGCAAUUGGAGAGCUGCUGGUUGAGGGACCAAACCUAGCCCGCGGCUACCUGGACGAUGCGAAGAAGACAGAGACAGCUUUUAUCCAUGAUCCUCUUUGGCUGCUUCAAGGCUGUGAAGGCUACAGUGGGCGGCGAGGUAGAUUGUACAAGACAGGCGAUCUGGUCUACCACACUGCAGAUGGUGAUCUGGUCUAUGUAGGCCGCAAAGAUGGUCAGGUCAAAGUGCGGGGCCAACGCAUUGAGCUUGCUGAGAUUGAGCACUGUCUCUACCAACAUAUUCCAGAUAUCAAGGAAAUAGCAGUUGAACUCAUCUCGCCGACAGGAGGAAAGCCGAUGGUUGCAGCAUUCCUGAAGGCAAAUCCCGAGCUGCUCGAUGGCAAGCUGUCCGAUGGGGACUCUGGAGUAUACGUCGUACACCCAGCCCGAGUAGACAACGAGCUAUCUCAGCGACUACCCGGAAAUAUGGUGCCUGAGGUUUACUUUGGACUCACUGAAUUCCCGAUAUCAACCUCUGGUAAAAUAAAUCGAAGGCGACUACGCGAGAUCGGAGGCUCUUUCUCGACCGAUCAACUAGCACGUUUACGAAGACAGGAAAACGAGAGCUCCAAUCGGAAACCGGAAACAAAGCAUGAGAUGGCGCUGCAGAAGCUAUGGGCUCAAGUGCUGAAUAUCGAUGCUACCUCUAUCGGACUGAACGAUAGCUUCUUCCAACUAGGGGGCGACUCAAUUUCGGCUAUGAAGCUUGUGAGCGAGGCGCGUAAUGUCGACCUAGUGUUUUCUGUUCAGGACGUUUUCCAGGUGCAGCGACUGGGUCAGCUAGCCAACCGAUUGGUCGACCCUCCCAUUUCAAGUCACAGUGCAAUCACCAAAAUUGAUCAUCGGCGACCCGUCCUUCAAUCGUUUGCGCAAGGUCGACUCUGGUUCCUAGAACAACUGCACCCAGGACUAGAUUGGUAUCUCAUGCACCUUGCAGUACGCAUCAAAGGUCCACUCCAACUCCCUGCACUUAAGGCUGCAUUACAGGCAAUAGAGCAUCGUCAUGAAACACUAAGGACAACAUUCUCCACCAACAAUGGCGAAAGCCUACAGGAAGUUCAUCCUUUCUGUGGAGGAAGAGAACUCAAUGUCAUCGACGUUGGUUCAAACGAUGACAAGAUUCUGCUCGAAGCACUUGAACGGGAUCAGAAAACACCAUUCAAUCUUCGGUACGAGCCUGGCUGGAGGAUAUCAAUCUAUCGUAUCAACGAUGUUUCUCAUGUUCUAUCGAUCGUCAUGCAUCACAUCGUCUCAGAUGGCUGGUCAGUUGAUGUUCUGAAGAAAGAAUUAAGCGCUCUAUAUGCUUCUGCCAUCCGCAACGAAGAUCCCAUCUUCUGCUUGCCGCCUUUACCCAUUCAAUACAGAGACUUUUCUGUCUGGCAGCGACUACCAGAGCAAGCUCAAGAACAUCGACGGCAGCUGGACUACUGGAUCAACCAAUUAGACGGAAGUCGGCCCGCAGAAUUCCUCUACGAUAAACCACGACCAACGACUCUGUCUGGUAAAGCAGGAACGCAGAGACUCAACAUCAGCCAUCAGCUCUAUAACAGGCUGCAAAGAUUUGCUAGGCAACGUGGAAUGACUCCAUUUGUCGUCCUCCUUGCCGUAUUCAGAGCCACACACUAUCGUUUGACCAACCAAGAUGAUGCAACUAUCGCAGUCCCUAAUGCGAACAGAAGUCGCCCAGAGCUCGGAGAUCUGAUUGGGUUUUUCGUCAAUAUUCAGUGCAUCCGAAUGAAGAUCCAGGAUGAAACCUUCGAAGAGCUAUUGCAGCAUGCCUACAAGACAGUAGUAGACUCCCUUGCCAACCAGGACGUACCUUUUGAAAGUAUUGUUUCUGCAUUGCAAGGGGACAGGGACUCUUCACGCAACCCUCUCGCGCAGGUCGCCUUCGCUGUUCACUCACAGCAAGAUAUAGGGAAGCUCGAUUUUGAGGGCGUCGAGACAGAAGCCAUAGAAGGCCUAGCGACCUCACGAUUCGAUCUCGAGUUCCAUUUCUUCCAGGAAAAGAAUGAUUUCCAAGGCUAUAUAUAUUUCUCGGAGGAGCUGUUUGUCCCGGAGACUAUACAUUCGCUAGCAUCUGUCUUCACCAGCAUCCUCGACAACUGUCUCGACAAGCCAGAGACACAGAUCGCCGUAGUGCCACUCAUGACCGUUGAGGCUCACACUCAGCUCGACCAAAUGGGGCUCCUCCGCAUGCAUCAAACAGCCUAUCCCCGGAAUUCCAGCAUCGUGGACGUCUUUCGCCAGCAAGCCGCUAUGCAACCUUCAAGGGUGGCUGUAAAGGACACAUCAACAGACUUGACUUACGCACAGCUAGAUUCACAAUCAGAAAAGCUAGCAAAGUUCCUAGCCACGAAGUCAUUUGCCCCUGAAACAGCAGUUGGUGUUCUGGCACAUCGUUGUUGUCAAGCAAUCGUUGCUUUCAUUGGGAUCCUCAAAGCCGGCUUGGCCUAUCUACCAUUCGAUCAUAAGGCGCCUGAAAAACGGAUGGAGUCCAUCUUCUCGACCAUUGAAGGCAACAAAUUGGUCUUGAUCGGCCCAAACAUCUCACUGCCAGGUACUGGACCCAAAGAUGUUGAAUUCGCCCACAUUCCCGAUAUCUUAGCCGCAGAUGAAGAUUUUGAGUUUACAAGGAGCGAACUGGAUCCUACUCUCAGACCAACUGCCUCUAGUCUGGCUUACAUUCUCUUUACGUCUGGCUCUACUGGUCAACCCAAAGGAGUUAUGGUCGAACAUCGCGGCAUAGUGCGUUUGGCACAACAUGAUCAGAUGGAGCACUUCAAGUCUUCCGGAGCGAUGGCUCAUAUGGCAAAUCUUGCUUUCGAUGGGUCUUCCUGGGAGAUCUACACAUGUCUUCUCAACGGAGGUACCCUCGUUUGUAUCGAUGCGACAACCGUGCUAGACCAGGAUGCUUUGUUACGCGCGUUCACAGAAUCCCAGAUUCGUAUCGCUUUCAUCACACCUGCUCUGCUGAACUACAUCCUGGCCGAAUCCCCACAUACAAUAGGCAACUUGAAUACCCUACUUGUAGCAGGAGACAGAGCUGAUGUAGACGACGUCUUCAGGGCACGAGAUCUCGUGAGAAACAAAGUCGUUGCCAAUGCAUAUGGUCCAACUGAGAACUCGGUCAUGAGUACACUGUACAUUCUCCCCGAGGAUGAGAAUUGUGUCAAUGGUGUGCCAAUUGGACGAGCUAUCAGUAACUCAGCGGCAUACGUGAUGGAUUCAGAACAGAACCUUGUGCCACUUGGAGUUGUCGGAGAGCUCGUUGUUACUGGAGAUGGUGUUGCCAGAGGAUAUACCGAUCCUAGGCGCGAUGUUGAUCGUUUUGUGACUGUCACAAUCGGACACCAAACAAUGCGAGCUUAUCGCACUGGGGACUAUGUCCGCCAGCGGCCUCGAGAUGGAGAAAUGGAAUUCUUUGGUCGCAUCGAUGGGCAAGUAAAGAUCCGGGGCAACCGUGUCGAGCUAGGAGAGAUUGAGACUGUCCUUCGUGGGCAUGAGUUGGUGCGCGACGCAGUUGUUGUAGCAGAACAACGAAAAGACAAGAACCAGCGGCUUUUUGGCUACAUCACACUCAAAGAAGACUUCGAGAUGAUUAGCACGCAGAACAGCGAUGACAACUGUAUACAGCAUGUGAACGCGUGGGAACACCGCUUCGAUACCGAGACAUAUGCUCCAAUCAUCGGUAUUCAGUCUGAGACAGUGGGCCAAGAUUUCAUCGGAUGGACGUCAAUGUACGAUGGCACCGACAUCGACAAGACUGAAAUGAAGGAGUGGUUGGAAGAGACCAUCGGUUCGAUCCACGACAAGGUUGGCGGGCAAUUGGAAAACGUUCUUGAGAUCGGAUCAGGAUCUGGCAUGAUCCUGUUCAACCUCGGGGAUAGUUUGAAACACUAUACUGGAUUCGAGCCGUCAAGGAAGGCAGUCGACUUUGUUACGGGAACAGCCAGGUCAAUCCCCUCGCUUGCCAACAGAGUGGAGAUGUAUAAGGCUACAGCAGCCGACAUCAGCAAAGUAGACCAGCCGCUCCAGGCCGACUUGGUUGUUCUGAACUCUGUGGUUCAGUACUUUCCCAGCCAAGGAUAUCUUUUCAACGUGAUUCGAGACUUGCUCAAGGUUGAUGGGGUUAAAACGUUAUUCUUUGGGGACAUUCGUUCUUAUGCCCUGCGCCGGGAAUUCUAUGCAGCCAGAGCGCUCUUCAUGGCUGGCGAAAGAGCUAGUCAAGAGGACCUACGACGUCUGGUCGAGGAUAUGGAACAGAUCGAACAAGAGCUGUUGGUCGAUCCUGGCUUCUUUACUUCACUGACACAUCGUCUCCCUGAUCUGGUCCAGCAUGUGGAGAUUCAGCCCAAGAGAAUGAGAGCGACAAACGAGCUUAGCUCCUACCGCUACACGGCAGUCGUUUACUCUCAAUCCUGGGAGCCACCGUCUGGAGGACUCCGAACUAUCCCUGACAAUGAAUGGAUUGACUUCCAGGAACAGGGGCUGGACCAUGACUCUCUCCAGCAGCGCGUCAAGGAUGUUUCAAGCACACAUCCUCUGGCCGUGAGCAACAUAUCCCACAGCAAGACGCUCUUUGGAAACUGCCUGCUGGGCGCACUGGGCGACGGUAAGGCCAGAAAGCCAGUCCAUACGGAUUGGACUGCUCACAUAAAUCGACAAGCUAAGGGGAUACCAAGCCUCUCUGCCGCUGACCUUGACGAGAUGGCUAAAGCAGCAGGCUCUCAAGUGCAGAUCAGUUGGAACAGACAAUACUCACAGCAUGGCGGUCUGGAUGCUAUAUUUUACCCUCGUCAAAUCAAUGGUGGGAGUGACAGGGCAGGGUUGAUGUUUUCAUUCCCAACCGAUCAUGCCGACCGUCGACGACAGACCUUGAGCAACAAGCCAAUGCGACAGCAACUGGUCAAGGAAGUCCAACAGCAACUGGAUGAACUUGUGAAAGUUCAGCUACCUUCAUACAUGAUUCCGCAAUCUAUCCAAGUGUUGAAUCAACUUCCGAUCAACCAGAAUGGUAAAGUAGAUCGGAAAGCUCUCAUACAAAGAACAAGAACGCAGACAGAAGUCAGCCAGGAAGGUCUGCAACGGGAACUAAGCACUGCAGAGCUCAAAGUACAGCGCAUACUAUCGCGGGUACUUGGAAUCGGAGCUAGUCGUAUCGGGCUAGAAGAUAGCUUCUUCCAACUGGGCGGGGACUCGAUUGCUGCAAUGAAGAUAGUCGCUGCAGCGCGCGAAGAGGAGAUUCACCUUACUAUCGCAAACAUCUUCCAGCACCCUAAGCUCGUCAACCUGGCGACUGUGGCUCAGUUUUCUCAACAUGAAGGUGAACAGAAGUCAGUUCUGCCGUUCUCCCUUCUCUCGACAACCCAAAGAGACUAUCUUCUUCACGCCAUCCCUGAGAAUACGUCCAAUGUGAAUGGAAACGACAUCAUCGACAUCCUUCCAACCACAUGGAUGCAGAAUCUUUUCAUCUCUCGGGGUGUCAACAUCCAACCCCUGGCGUUCAAUUACUUCUUCCUCAAUUUGGGGACCCGCGUUGACGCCUCCCGUCUCCGAAGCAGCAUCCCCACUCUCGUCCAACACUUCUCCAUUCUCCGAACAAAGUUUGUUUACGUCGACGGGGUACUUUGGCAAACUGUCCUUCGUAAACCACACGUACCUUUUACGGAGUUUCAUCUGGAUAUGUGUCUUGAAGAAGCAGCUGACACUGUCUGCUUGGAGGACAGUCGGACCACGGAUCCCCUGGAGUUGGCUACUGCCUUCAUGCUGAUACGAGGCAACUCCAAUGAACACCUUCUGGCAAUUCGCAUCACGCACGCUCAGUAUGACGGUGUUUGUUUCCCGUCGUUCGUGAAAGCACUUUUUGCCAUCUACUCCGGAAAGUCUGUGGAGCCUGCGCACAACCACUCCACCUAUCUGGCUUAUACUCGGGGCAAAAACUCAGUCUCAGCCCUGCACUGGCGUAAUGUCCUGCACGGUUCGCGAAUGACCAAAGCCACCCCGUUGCUCGGUCCAAGCAUUCGACAUGGCAUGACUCCAGUUGAGGUUCAGACAGAAAACAUCAUCGACAUGCCUCAUGUCCCGACUGGUCUUACUCUGGCUUCGCUCGUCAGCGCCGCCUGGGCAAAGGUUCUCUCACAAAUCACUGGAGAAGAAGAUGUCGUCUAUGGAUACAUGGUCGCUGGCCGCAAUGCUAAUAUCCCGACCAUCUCCAAGAUUGUCGGCCCGUGUCUAAACAUCAUCCCAGUUCGCGCACAGUUGCAUGCAAAGACAACUUCGACUGAACUAAUACGUUCAAUUCAAGAACAGUACAUCGCACUCGGCGAAGCAGAUUCGAUGGGGUUCGAUGAAAUAGUCCGCACCUCUACAGACUGGCCGGCCGAUACAGAGUACGACUCCGUGUUCCAGCACCAGAACCUGAAUGAACAUCCCGAAUUCGACUUUGAAGGCACCAGCUCUAGACUCCAUUGGUUUCAGAAUCCCGAUUCGGUGCCUUGCAUCCUUACUGUGGUGUCCUACCCGCUUGAAGACGGGCUUAGGAUUGUGGUUAGGGGUAACGAACACAUCAUAACGCCAGAGAGUGCGGAGAGAAUCAACAAACUGCUCUGUGAGACGAUCGGGGCGCUGUCUUCUUCGCUCCAGUAA